AUGGGUAGCAUUGAAACAUCCCCCUUCCAACAUGGAACAAGUCAAUCAUCCGAGCAGAUAUCAGUGUCAAGCUCCUGGUGCGAUGCUAGACCUGCGGCCUACGAUUUCCGCACUGACACUGUAACGACGCCAACUUUGUCCAUGCUGAAGGCUAUUGCGCAAUCGACGUUGAUGGACGACGUGUAUCAAGAGGAUUCGACGACGACAGACUUUGAGAAGUUCAUGGCCAACCUCACAGGCAAGGAAGACAGUCUCCUGGUCAUGUCCGGAACGAUGGGAAACCAGAUUGCUCUGCGCUCGCUUUUGACACAUCCGCCGCACGCCAUUCUCUGUCAUCAUCAAUCUCACAUUUUGAAGUUUGAGGCCGGUGGUUGCUCUUCCAUGUCUCAGGCGCACAUGCAGCCUUGUGUCCCGGCCAAUGGGCAGUAUCUGACCCUCGAGGAUAUCAAACGGGACGCAGACACUCGCAGCAACAUCCACAUUGCCCCGACUCGCGUCAUCUCACUGGAGAACACUCUUGCCGGUGUCAUCACUCCUCUGGAGGAGGUCCGUCAGAUAUCUGCAUUUGCUCGUGCCAACAACAUCAAGAUGCACCUGGACGGCGCAAGAAUUUGGGAGGCCGUGGCUGCCGGGGCCGGCUCACUAAUCGAUUAUUUGGAGUGCUUUGAUACUGCCCAAAUGUGCUUCUCCAAAGGCCUGGCUGCCCCCAUUGGGAGCAUUAUUGUGGGUCCCAAAAAGACUCUCUCGCACUGCCGAUGGGUGAGAAAGAGUAUUGGCGGGGGCAUUCGACAGGCCGGAAUCAUCUCAUCUGCGGCACGUGUGGCCGUCGAGGAGAAUUUCGGAAAAGGACCGAAUGGCGAAGGUGGUCGACUGAGGGAAACUCAUGAGAAGGCCAAGUCUAUUGAGAAGAUGUGGGUUGGUCGCGGUGGCGUAACUCUUCGACCGGUUGAGACCAAUAUGGUCUGUUUGGAUCUGCCUUACAGCGGCAUCACGGUGGAUGAAGCGAUCCGUGUGGGUAGGGAUGAAGGAAUUAAACUUUUCGGUGGAAGAAUUGUUGUUCACUGGCAGAUUGCUGACGAGGCCAUGGUCCAACUGGAAAGAGUAUUUGAUCGCUUGUUAUCAUCCAAGGAGAAGAGGAGUGAGGUAAUCCAAGACGUGGAAUCGGUCUAUAGAUAA